CAAGGAUAAAAUGUCUGAAACAACUGAGACCAGUCCAGCUAUCAUCACAACCGGUGAUUUGCAAAAUGUCCAGGCAGCUUACCGGUUGAACGGACAAAAUUUUCUGAAAUGGUCACAGUUCGUUCGGACAUUCCUGAGAGGCAAAGGGAAGCUAAGUCAUCUGCUGGGUACAGGUCCGUCUAAGGAAGAUCCCAAGUUUGAAGCCUGGGAUGAGCAAGACUCAAUGGUCAUGUCUUGGCUCUGGAAUUCAAUGAUUCCAGAAAUAAGUGAUACAGUGAUGUUUCUUAGUACGGCUAAGGAGAUAUGGGAAGCAAUCCAACAAACCUACUCAAAGGUAAAUGAUGCAGCCCGAAUCUAUGAACUCAAAACGAAGGUUACAUCCAUGAAGCAAGGGGCACGAUCGGUCACUGAAUAUGCCAAUCUCUUGCAGGGACUGUGGCAAGAGAUUGAUCACUACCAAUGCAUUCAGAUGCGAUGUCCAGAAGAUGCAGUAACCUUGAAGCGCUUUAUAGAAAGGGAACACACAUAUGACUUCCUUGCUGGACUUAAUGUUGAACUUGAUCGAGUAAGGGUACAAGUAUUGGGAAAAGAGGAACUUCCAUCACUGAAUGAAGCAGUUUCAAUAGUACGGGCUGAAGAAGGGCGUAGGAGUGUUAUGCUUGACACUCAAGCUGGAGAAGGAUCAGCACUUGUUGCAAAGGGGGCUGGGCAGAAGGAGAAUGGCAUGCUACAGUCAUCAGACAAUUCUACCAAGCCAACAAAUGCUUCAAAACCGAUCAAUAGAGAUUCUCUCUAUUGCACCUACUGUAAGAAGCAUCGCCACACAAGAGAGAGGUGCUGGAAGCUUAAUGGCAAACCACAGAACAAUAACCAUACGGGCGAGACAGGCUUAUGUUGCUAGCACUCCCCAAAAUGACUUAG